CACAAUGAGUGUUGAGAAGUUAAGCUGGGAGUACAAGGGGUUUACUCUGCCACUUGAUGUUACCAAAGAAAUCCUGGAUGUUCUGCCCGACUUCAAGAUUCGAGACGACGACAUUGUUGUGGCGAGUUUUCCAAAGACAGGGACGCACUGGCUGCGGGGGAUUGUAGCUAAGAUUCUGCAAGCUGCAGGUAAAAUAGACAGCAGUGCGGACAGCCUGAUUGAUGCAGGGCCCUUGGAGAUCAGGACACCUACAGCCACACAGCCAGGCUACCUGACCCAGGCAAACAUGCCCUCUCCCCGCUUUGUGGUAACACAUCUGCCUAUUGAGCUGGCACCGAAAGGGAUAUCCAAGCCACAGAAUAAGGUAAAAAUCCUGGUGCCAAUGAGGAACCCGAAGGACACGGCUGUGUCACUCUACCAUUUUGGCAAGAAAAUCCUGAAGUUGAUGGGUGUGACAGAUGAUGUGCAAUGGGAAGAGUUUGCUCAUAAUUUCACGAAGGGAAAAGUGGCAUAUGGACCAUUUGAAGACCAUGUGUUGGGCUGGUGGCAGAUGCGAGACGACCCCCACUUCCUCUUCCUCAAGUAUGAGGACAUGAAGAAGGAUCUGUUGAGUGCUGUGAAGACCAUAGUGGCAUUUCUGGAGGUUGAUCUGGAUGAAUCGACCAUAAAAGGCAUCGCAGAGGCCAGUACUUUCAACAACAUGAAGGUAGAUCUGGACAAUUCCAAGGUGGCUGAGACACAGGCAAUAGCCAGGAAAGGUAUCAUAGGAGACUGGAAGAACAUGUUCACACCUGAGCAGAGUAAAGCCUUUGACAACUGGUAUGAGGAGAAGUUUAGUGAGACUGACUUUGCCUUUGACUUUGAAUAAACUAGCUAGAUAUCAUAUUAUCCAGAAUGACUUCUGCAAACACAGUUGAACUUUCAAGUUUAGCUGACAUUACAUUAUUUGAUUAUGAUCUAACUAUAACAAUAGUUAUGGUAGCAACAAAAGAAGUGUAUUUGAAUUAAAUUUAUUAAGCACAAUAGACUACUAGUGUUAAGCACAACACUAGUGCUUUAUGAUUCAAUUCGAAUACACUUCUGAAAUUUUGAUAUAGUGGCUAUAGUAAUGUUGGUUUCUGUAAAACUGAAUGCAAUGUUAUACUUUCCAAACAAAUCUAUUGAUUAAAAGGAUUUCACUAAUGACUCAAUAGUAAUUUGAAAAUCAUCAAUGCUCUUAUAGUAUAAGUUGUACUUUUAAAGUUGCAAUUUAUGUAAUUGUACAUGUACAUGUGGAUUACAGUUCUACAUGUAUAUAUUUAUAAUGUAACUGGUGAUUACAAAAAACAGAAGACAAAUAUAUAUUAACAUGUUACGUCAGUAACUAGAUCUACAUCUACCCAUGAAUAAAAAGUAUAACCGAUGUUACUGAAAUUUAAAAAAAAAAAUCACUACGGGUACAGAUUAUUGAAUAAAAAUAGUAUACCCACAUCAGAUUUAUGCUUCUCAUUUAUGCUUUCAAGUUAAAAGUAUUCUUAAUUUUAAGAUCUAGAAGCUGUAGGAAAAACAGAAACUUAGUUAAUCAAGAUAAAAAUGAAUUAUACAUGUGUAUGUUGCC